ACGCUGGGAACGGGUGCGGGGGGACACACAGGGGUCGCGCUGUCCCUGCAUUUUGCCGGGGAAACUCGUAGGGCCUCUGGCUUUGCAGUCCUUCAUGGAACCAGCUGCGCUAAUGCAGGGCUUGGCUGCGGAGGUGAAAAACCACGGUUCAGCCGUGAGCGGAGGGGGCGGAGAGAGGUGGACUUGGCUGGUGCCGGGGAACAGUGCUGCCUGGGAACCCUUGCUCUGGGGCUCGAGGUUCGGGGAGCCUCGUUUACCCUUCCGUCCAUUCCGCUUUCCGUCCUUUUCCUGCCCCCUGCCCCCGAGGAGCGGAGGAUGUCACCUAAGCACCGGGACACAUCUGCUUAUCUACCUUUGGAUUGCAGGUGUAAUUAAAGAAUGCCAUCUCGUCACAGCAGCGCUGAAGAGCCGAGCCUUAGAUGCAGAAACAGAUGUGUUAUGUACAGUCCUUUAUAGCAAUCACAACAGAAUGGGCCGCCACAAAUCCCAUUUGGCCCUCAAACAGGUUGAGCAAUGUUUAAAACGUUUGAAAAACAUGAAUUUGGCAGGUUCAAUUCAAGACCUGUUUGAGUUGUUUUUUCCCAGUAAAAAUCAGCCCGUAAAUACCAGUGCUGUCCCUGGUCAGCCAGUGCUGGAGGUGGUGUUGAUGAAGGUUUUGGGAGCCUGCCAGUUGCUGCUUCGCUUGCUGGACUGCUGCUGCAAAACAUUUCUCUGGACUGUGAAACAUCUAGGUUUGCAAGAGUUCAUUAUUUUAAACCUUGUGAUAGUAGGGCUGGUGAGCAGGCUAUGGGUUCUCUAUAAAGGUGUUUUAAAAAGGUUGAUUUUGUUCUACGAGACUUUGUUUGGAUUGCUUCAAGAGGUCUCUAGGAUUCAACCAAAGCCUUACUUCAAAGAUUUUACCUUUCCUUCUGAUAUCGUUGAAUUUUUAGGAGAGCCAUUUUUUGAAGUCUUUAAGAAAGAAAUACCUACAGCUUUUGCAGCUAGAGGAAUAACUAAAUGGCUAAAUAAACUGUUUUUAAUAAGUGAGCAGUCACCAAAGGCCAUUGAAGAAACCUUACUUGGAAUUUCCAAAAAUGCUGAACAAAUGAAGAUAAAUAGACAGAAUAAUGAGGAUAUUGGACAGCCAGUAAGGAAUAAGAAAGUCUUCAGAGAAAAGUCAUCAGAAUUUGAUGUGAGGGCUUUCUGCAACCAGCUGAAAAACAAAGCUUCUCAGACCAGCUCUGAUUUUAAACUAAAGACAACCAAGCCUUCUUCUCAGAAAGUAAUGGCAAUUCAAGUCAGAAGUUUUGUACAAAGAUUCCGAGAGGCUGCGUCUUUCACACAACUUUCUGAAGAAAUCCAAAUGGCAGUUGUAUGGUGCAGAAACAAAAAACUCAAAGCUCAGGCCAUUUUUCUGGGUAACAAACUUCUUAAAAGCAACCGGCUUAAACAUCUGGAAGCUCAAGGUACUAGACCAGAUUUUUCCUCUCUCUGUCCUUGGAAGUUUGCCGAAGAAACUAGACUGCAUAAAGACGUCUGUUUGCAACUGCCUUCUUCGUGGCUCAGGUAUUAAAGUUUCGAAGCAUCAUCUGAGACAGAGAUCACAGAAUAAAUUCUUACAGAGACAAAGGAAACCACAGAGAAAGCUGCAGUCGACUCUUUCAAGGGAAAUUCAGCAGUUCCCUAAAGGGACUCACAAUGUUGCGGCAGAUGGUGGUGCUAAGUGGAGACUCGCACACUGUACUGUGCGUAAAACUAAUCGCUAUCCUAACAGUAAGCAAUGCUUGAGUAGUGGAGUUUCAGUGACUGUCAUGCAAACUAAGGAGAAAAUGAUUCAUGAAAAUCUUAGCGGCAUCCAUGAAAAUGAAACCGAUUCGUACACAGUGAUGCAAAUAAAUGAAAACAGUACAUUAAGAACCAUUAAGAAGACAGAUGACAUUGAUGAUAUUUUUGCUUUAAUAGGAGUUUAGAUGUUCAUACAUGAGACUUAGAACUGAUCAACUUACAAGUGAUCAAGGCUAGUUCAGUGUUGCGUUUUAAAUGGAACUGCUGAGAUCUGAAAGUACCAACUGGACUCACAGGAGCUGCUUUAGUGCAGCCCUGCAAAGGAGUUCAUUCCAUUUCAGUUACGUGUACAUUCAAAGUAGCACGGUGCCAUUUAUCAAGUACUUCUUUUUGGCUUCAACCACAUGCCAAGUGUUAAGAUGAAAAGUCUGCCACAGUCUGCCUUUUCCUUGAGUGAGGCUAGUAAGUCCCUGAGAAAGUGAACAAUGUUAUGACUUACCAGGCAGUUUAAGAACCAUUUGCAAAAACCAUUGUGCUUUGAGGUAGAUGAGGAGGGAGGAUGAGGAAUAGCAAGGAAACACCUGAAAGGUCACUUUGGCCUUAUUGGCUCCACUGUAGAUAGGUCUGCCUCUUAACACUAAAGUUUGUAGCUCCUGACACUUGUGCUGUCUUGUUUAAAUAUUGGAAUUGGUCAUCAGGCUUUGCCACUGCUUGUAUUACCAGGGUCUGGUUGCAACCAUUAUUCCUGUUCAUUUGUUCAUCUUAUAUUAAAGUGAGUUUGGAGUUCUCCAAGAA